CCGGCCGGGCAGCUGAGGCGAGCGAGGGGAGAGGCUGGGGUCGCCACGGCGGAGGCUGCCGCCGCCACCCCCCCGCGGGGGCGGCCGGGGUUCCCGGCUGGGGGGGCCCCGCUCCGCGUGAGGCGUCCACCAUGGUGAGGCCCCUGAGCCGCUGCCCGCGCGCCCCCCCGGCCGCCGCCGCCGCCUCCGGCCCCUCGGUGCUCCCGCUGCUCCUCCCGCUGCUCCUCCCGCUGUUGCGCCUCCAUCUCCAGAUCGGAUCACGGUGAGGGAAAGAUGAGCGAGGAGACGGCGACUGCUGACAACGAUAAUAGUUAUGCACGAGUGCGCGCUGUGGUGAUGACCCGGGAUGACUCCAGCGGCGGAUGGCUGCCCCUCGGAGGUAGUGGACUGAGCUGCGUCACUGUCUGCAGAGCCUCCCACCAGGAAGAGGAUGGCUGCACUGACUUUCUUAUCCGUGGAGAGCGGCUCAGGGACAAGAUGGUGGUUUUGGAAUGUAUGCUUAAAAAAGACCUCAUUUACAAUAAGGUCACUCCAACAUUUCACCACUGGAAGAUUGAAGACAAGAAAUUUGGCCUUACCUUUCAAAGUCCUGCUGAUGCUAGGGCUUUUGAUAGAGGAAUUCGAAGAGCUAUAGAGGAUAUAUCUCAAGGAUGCCCAGCAUUAAAAAAUGAAACUGAAGGAGCAGAUGAUGACUUACAAGCAACUGCUGAAGAGAGUACUCCUAGUCCUCGAGUGAAAGAUCAUCUUUUCCAGCAAGAGACCGUUGUUACCAGUGAGCCUUAUAGAAGCUCAAGACCAUCUCCCUUUGAAGAUCUGAAUGCCAGAAGAGUCUACUUGCAAAGCCAAGCCAGUCAGAUAACGUUCACUCAUCCAAGCCUAGACAUUCAGGGCAGAAGCAUAGAAUAUGCACAGCGACAAAUAUCCAAGGAAUGUGGAGGCCUAAAGUCCCAAAAUAAGGUCCCUCGACAUGUCAGCUUUCAAGAUGAGGAUGAGAUUGUCAGAAUAAAUCCUCGAGAUAUAUUAAUCCGUCGCUAUGCAGACUACAGGCAUCCAGACAUGUGGAAAAAUGACUUGGAGAGAGAUGAUACUGACUCCAGUAUUCAGUUCUCUAAACCAGACAGUAAAAAAUCAGACUAUCUGUACUCUUGUGGGGAUGAGACCAAGUUAAGUUCAUUCAAAGACUCCGUGGUAUUUAAGACACAGCCUUCCUCGUUAAAGUUUAAGAAGUCAAAACGAAGAAAAGAAGAUGGUGAGCGUUCCCGCUGCGUAUACUGCCAGGAAAGGUUUAACCAUGAAGAAAACGGCAGGGGGAAGUGUCAGGAUGCUCCAGACCCUAUCAGAAGAUGCAUCUAUCAAGUUAGUUGCAUGCUCUGUGCCGAGAGCAUGCUAUAUCACUGUAUGUCAGACUCAGAGGGAGACUUUUCUGACCCCUGUUCGUGUGACACUAGCGAUGACAAGUUCUGCCUGCGAUGGUUAGCCCUGGUGGCUCUUUCUUUCAUUGUCCCGUGUAUGUGCUGCUACGUCCCCCUGAGAUCCUGCCAUCGUUGUGGGGAGGCGUGCGGGUGCUGUGGUGGGAAACAUAAGGCUGCUGGAUGAGAGGAUCUAGGGCCAACAGGAGUUUAAAACCUUUGUUUCCAGGCAUUAGCUAACUUGGAUUUGCGGAAGCUUUCGGCAAAGCAAUAUGAAACCUUGCCUGGUGUCACAGGGGCCACACGUGGAGGAAGCAGCACUCGUCAGUUCUUGGCAUUUCACCGAUGCCAGCCAUGCCUAACUUUUUCCCUUGAGUGCAUGGCAUGUUUUUGUUACAGGUUGUAAAGCGUAUUUGCGAAAGGAAACCAUUUCUGGUUAUUGGCUAUAAAGAGCGAUCAUAAAAUAUGAUCCGACUAAAAGGGAUUAAUUUUUGGCAUUUUUGUAUAUUUAUGCAUUAGGUGAUGGGACUUUUAAAGGUUUGAAUUCAUUAGGACAUGAACUAAAAGUGCACUUGGGAACAGCUGAUUUCAAUCUAAGAAAGGUUAACACUUGGAAAUUAUAAGAAGUUAAACAAGUGCACCUGAAUCAUUUAUUGUUUUUUGAAAGCAGUUUUAUGUAUAAAUAACAAAUGUUUAUAUUUAACUAAAUAUAAGGUACGAAUUAUGACAUUAAACUUUUCUUCCCCUUCCUAGUUCUGAAGUAGAUAUACAUAUAUCUACUGUCACAUUCCAUUAUAUUUUGCAUACUUUACUCAUCUAAUUAAUAUAACAUUUUUAUUCCAUGUGAAUGAUUUGAUAUUUCCAUCUUUGUUUCCCUUUGGCUAUGGUUUAUAUUGAGUUCUAUCUGUACAUUCUGGUAAUCUAAAAUUCUUUAAAAUAUUCUAAUAGCCUUGAGUGACCAACUUUUUUUUAAAGCACAGAUGUAAUCGUCUAAUGUUCUGAUGGGAGCGUAACACUUAUUUUUAUAUAAAAAGCGAUUGUGUAAACAUAGAAAAAAAAAAAGGUUUCGGGGUUGUUGUUUUGUUUUUUGUGGUAUUCAACCAGCAAGUUGUUUUCUUUCAGAGUUUCCUCCUUCAAAAAAUUAUAUUGCAUUUACAAAUAUGUUACAAGGCCAAGAAGUGUAACUGGAUUUGUUAGUGUAAAAGUUUCCUCCUGCAAUCUCGUUUAUCAUUCUGCUAACCCAGAGUUUGUUCAGCUGUGUUACUAAUUUUUUUAGCUUAAUCCUCAGUGCUCAUUAUUCACAUAAUACCAAUAGCUUUUUUCAGUUGCAUUUUAUUCUAUUUAAACCAGCCAAAAGCAAAAUUAUUUUAUGUUAAAGUAUGUGCUAAACUAUCCCAGGAAAGUAUUUAAUCCAACAGUGUGAAUGAAAUACCUUGUACAUAAAAAUUUAUUUCUUUUGCAGAGCAUUGUAUCACUGGAUGUUUUAUUUACAAAGUAGUUGGAUAAGUGUUCCAACAAUUAUUUAAAGUACUUCGGGAACAAAUUAUCUUUUUUUUUUUUUUUUUUAAACUGUUACAUUUAAACUCUAAUCAAGUAAGGGUUCUCUAAGAACAUUCCCUUAGAGGGAUCAAGUUGAGAAGCGUGCCUUUCCUUUUAAUGGCUUGAAGUUUCAGAAGUGAUAAACAUUAAAGUCACACUACCAUUUGAAGCUCAUUUUCUAUGCACGUUUUUAAAUGUCAUUUAUGGAUCAUUCUUUUUACGUUCACACUUAAGCUUGUGUUAGCUGUCUUUUGCCCCAGAUCAAACUGAACAAUGUAUAUAACACUAUCUGUCUGUAAAAUACUUUUUUUAAGAAAGCAUUUAUAUUUAUAUGACAGCUUGAACUGACAACAUUGUGUAUAUAGAUCAUCUUGAAGUAUUAUUUCACAUUGAAAAGAAGAAAAAUAUAUUGAUAACUAUAGAUGUUAUGAAGAAGAGGUUAUUUCUAGUUUUGUACUAAAAAUCAAUUGGAUGAACUAAAUCCAAACGUGACACUGUAACAGCAGUUUUAAGUCUUAUUUUUACUGUUUAUAUACUUGGACGCUGCUGCAGCAGAUGAUCUUCAUCCCUGAAGUUUUCAGCUAAACUCGGUUACCUAGAAUAGACUGUUAACUUUCAAAAUUACUUCUUAUUGGUGGGAUGAAAAUAAUUGAUUUUCCUUAUGAAUAAAUUUUCAUAUUUGUAAGUGUGGAGUUUAUAAUUCAGGUUUGAGCAAGGUGUGAAUAACUGAAGAAAAUAACUUGCUGGCUAUAUAGGAAAAUCUGUGGAAAUGGACUGUGUAUAUAUUUCUGGGAAGAACAAAUAUAAUCAUUUCUUCUGUUAAGCACUAAUCAAUAUAGUGCAACUCCUGGUUCUGUACUGUAUUUUAUAUGCGACAUAUAUGCUUUAAUAUUUUAAUGUUUGUGCAUUAAUAUUUUCAAAUUGUUUUAACCACUUUGCUGCUAAGAUUUUGCCGUCCCAUCCCCAUUUUUUUCCUUUACAAUUUUAAACAAGUUUCUUCAUUAAAAACGAUGGUGAUAAAAUGGUUUUUAUUUCACCUUGGAUCUUUACAGUUAACACAUCCAGUUUCUAAAUUGGUCUAGAAAACUAGUAACAAGUUAUCUGAAUCCCUAUGUGGAAAGUUUCUCUUGAGUAAAUUAGAAGUCUUAUGUGAAAAAUAAAGGGUGGUUUAAAUUUCUUACACUAAAAUGUGUAUAGGUAUGUUCAGGGACAUUUUCUCUCGUUCUGCAUACAGAUUUGGCACUGCACUGCCAGCUGGCUUUUCCUCUAAAACCUUUCUCUGUUUUUAAUCUCAUAGUAUAAGCAAAUGGCUAAACAAAACUGCUUACAUAAUAGUCAAUAUGGAAAAUGAAAUCAUCUAGAUGGCAUGACAAGAAAGACUGGUCAGAUGGUGUGUUGUGUUCAGACCUGAUAAUUCAGAAAAGAUUUUUCUCCUGCAUUGAAGGUGGGGGGUUAGUGAGGGAAUCUCUUGGUUUCUGAAGAAAUUUGAGGUGUGGAGCUUCAGCACCACCUACUGGAUAAUUUGUAGGCCAGAACCGUGAGGUAGCAAUUGGGGUCUGACAGGUCUCAUCCCUAUUACCUGCACAAGCUAUUUAAGUGGUGGUCACCGCCAAGCGGAGGAGGCAGGAGUAAGAUAUAUCUCAAACUAUAAAAGGAAUAUUUUAUCUAAUGUGUCUUGUUGGUUGCUGAAGGAUUUUGAGCACUUUUUCCUCAUAUAUCCUGAAUUUAAAUAUUUACUGACAUUUGGAACUGGCAAUCAGUCCUAAUUAAUGGAUGUGCCGAAGCAUAUAUAGAACCAAUUCUUUUAACUUUCUAAAGCCAUUACCAAAUGGUAUUCUUAUUUUUCCUCCCAUUGCUAGUGAGGGAGAAUUUUUUAAAAGAAUAAACAUCACCUAACUACAUCAAGACAACUUCAGAGGGAUUGUGUGCUUAUGUCUCUGGGAUGCUGGGGCAGGGGAAACCUUGAGAUUACCUAUUUUCAUUGGUUAUUCAGCAGUGCCUAAUAUGAGCCUUUGAAGUAAUUCAAAUGCACUUUUAAUUCUUGUUAUAGUGCCAUCUGAUAACAUAGGUAAGUCCUGCUUUUUCUUUUAUUUUUCUUCCCCAACUCCAACCCCAUUUAAUCCAACACCAUAAAGAUGUUUCGUAAUGUCCAUACAAGUCUCCCAAAUACAGGAAAGUACUUUCCUCUGAAUUU